CGCGUUAAGAGGGACGGUGCGGGCACGGAAGCAGGGAUGUGGGGGCUGAAAAGUGAAGGGCGGGCGGUGGGUAUCACGCUGCUGCUGCUGCUGCUGCUGGCUCCUGCGGCCCAGGCAGUGGCCCAGCGCCGCUACGCCGCGAACUGGCAGAGCCUGGACUCUCGGCCACUGCCCAGAUGGUUUGACGAGGCCAAGUUCGGGGUGUUUGUGCACUGGGGGGUGUUUUCGGUGCCCGCCUGGGGCAGCGAGUGGUUCUGGUGGCACUGGCAGGGCGAACGGAAUCCAGCCUAUGAGCGCUUUAUGAGAAAAAACUACCCGCCCGGCUUCAGCUACGCCGACUUCGGACCGCAGUUCACGGCGCGCUUCUUCCACCCGGACCAGUGGGCCGAACUCUUCCAGGCUGCCGGGGCCAAGUAUGUGGUCCUGACCACAAAGCAUCAUGAAGGCUUCACAAACUGGCCAAGUCCUGUGUCUUGGAACUGGAACUCAAAGGACGUGGGGCCCCAUCGUGAUUUGGUUGGUGAGCUGGGAGCUGCUGUUCGGAAGAGGAACUUACGCUAUGGCCUCUACCACUCACUCUUGGAAUGGUUCCAUCCACUCUACCUGCUUGAUAAGAAGAACGGAUUCAAAACUCAGCAUUUUGUCCGUGCGAAAACAAUGCCAGAGCUGUAUGACCUUGUUAACAGCUACAAACCCGACCUGAUCUGGUCUGAUGGGGAGUGGGAGUGUCCUGAUACUUACUGGAACUCCACAGCUUUCCUUGCCUGGCUCUAUAAUGAUAGCCCUGUCAAGGAUCAGGUGGUAGUGAAUGACCGGUGGGGUCAGAACUGCUCCUGUCAUCACGGAGGAUACUACAACUGUCAAGAUAAAUACACGCCACACAGCUUGCCAAGCCACAAGUGGGAGAUGUGCACCAGCGUGGACAAGUCGUCCUGGGGCUAUCGGCGUGACAUGACCUUGUCUACCGUUGCCAAUGAAAAUGAAAUCAUUGAGGAAUUGGUUCAGACAGUAAGUCUGGGAGGCAACUAUCUUCUCAACAUUGGACCAACUAAGGAUGGACUGAUCGUUCCCAUCUUCCAAGAAAGACUUCUUGCUGUGGGCAAGUGGCUGCAGAUCAACGGGGAGGCCAUCUAUGCCUCCAAACCCUGGAGAGUGCAGUCCGAAAAGAACGUGACAAUUGUGUGGUACACUGCUAAAGACUCAGCAGUUUAUGCUACUUUUCUGCACUGGCCAGAAAAUGGAAUCAUAAACCUAAAAUCCCCCCAAACGACCUCGACCACAAAGAUAACGAUGCUAGGACUGGAGGGAGAUUUGACCUGGACCCAGGAUCCCCAGGAGGGGGUCCUCAUCUCUCUGCCCUCGUUGCCACCCAGCGCUCUUUCCGUGCAGUAUGCCUGGACUCUAAAGCUGACAAAAGUGAAGUGAUUGUUGUUCGAGAGCAGAUGGCCCUGUGCGCGGCUUUGCCUUUCUCUUACAGGACCGUCAGUGCAAUAAAGUAGCUUCCCUUCCCCACCCAGUGACGGCUUCCCCAGCCUAUUUUAAUCAGUGGGACCCUAGUACACUGAGUCGCCGAAUGAAUCGAUUGAAGACGGGAGAUCCAUUGCUGGCGUCUCUCUGGUGAGCAGAAAGGCCUGGACAGCUCAGCUGAGCUCACCUGUUCCAUCACUAGAGUGAAAUCUCCCUUUCCGAUGACGAGCCAAGUCACCUGUUGCCUGUGGGAGCAGGUCAAAGAGGUCUGGCAAACCCAAGCCCCUGUGCCUUAUAUUGGUUGUCACUAAUCCCGAGGGCAUUACACUGGUCCCGAAGGGUUUGCCAGGCUGCCAAGGUCACCUCUUUGGAAGUUUGCAAAGCCAAAGCUCUGGCAUUGAGCAUGUCUUCAAAGAUACUGAUGAAGGAAUGUGAUUCUACCUUGCCCUUUAAAAAAGAUGGAAGUAAAUUUGUGUGUCAGAUUAUGUCUACCAAAA